AACUCAGCUACAUCACCAUCAAGAUGGCCAUGAAUCUCCAAGCUUAUUUUCUCGUCUUCUUCCUCUGCAUUCUUGUGCAGGUGCAAGCUUCAUCUCCUGCAAUCCAAGCCUUGGUAGCUCCGAUCACCAAGGACGCCAAGACCUCCCUCUACACGCUCUCCAUUGCAAACAGGAACUACCUGCUUGACCUCUCCGGCCCGCUGCUGUGGUCACCGUGCUCCUCCACCCACCCCACCGUCCCAUGCUCCUCCGAAGAGUGCGCCGCCGUGUCGGGGGCGCAGAAGCACUGCAGCAACGGAGGACGCGCGUGCACCGUCCGCCUGAGGAAUCCGGUGACGGGCGAACGGGCUGCCGGCGACCUCACACUCGCCGACAUCGUCGCCAACGCCACCGACGGCAAGACUCCGACCUCGGAGGUCACUGUCCGGGGCGUCGUCUCGUCGUGCGCGCCGGACAGCCUCCUCAGGUUGCUCCCGGCCGCGGCGGCCGGCGACGCGGGCCUCGGGCGUGGCGGGGUGAGCCUGCCGACGCAGCUCUACUCGAAGCUGUCGCUUAAGCGGCAGUUCGCCGUCUGCCUGCCGAGCACGGCCGCGGCGCCCGGCGUGGCGUUCUUCGGCGGCGGGCCGUACAACCUGAUGCCGCCGACGCCGUUCGACGCGAGCACCAUCCUCUCCUACACCGACCUGGUCCGGAGCCCGACGAACCCCUCCGCGUACACCAUCCAGCUCCGGGGCAUCGCCGUGAACCAAGAAGCUGUCCUCCUCCCACCCGGCGCGCUCGCCCGCGGCGGCGUGACGCUCGACACGGCCGCGCCGUACACCGUCCUGCGGCGCGACGUGUACCGCCCGUUCAUCGCCGCGUUCGCCAAGGCGACGUCGGGGAUCCCACGCAUGCCGCGCGCGCGCCCGUUCGAGCUCUGCUUCAACCGCAGCGCGCUGGGCUUCACCAGGGUCGGCUACGCCGUCGCGCCGAUCGACCUCAUGACACUCGGCGGCGGCGGCCGGAACUGGACGGUGUUCGGGUCCAACUCGCUGGCGCAGGUGGCGGGCGACACGGCGUGCCUGGCGUUCGUCGAUGGCGGGCGGGCGGCGCGGAGCGCGGUGACCGUGGGGGCCUUCCAGAUGGAGAACAACUUGCUGCUGUUCGACGAGGCCGCGUCCAGGCUAGGGUUCAGUGGCACCCUCUUCUUCAUCAGGACUACCUGUGGCAACUUCAACUUCGCUAGACAUUGA